AACUACCACUCAAGAAACUCUAAAUCAAGAUCAAACAAACACCAUGCAAAUCAUAUCAACCAUCUUCAUUCUUUCAUUUUUCACCAUAUGUUGCCUCAAAUUCAUGCAUGCAGCUGACCCACCAUUAUCUUUAGAUUACUACAAGUCUUCUUGCCCAAAUGCAGAAGCCAUUGUUAGGAAAGAAAUGGAGUGUGCUGUGCUAUCUGAUCUCAGAAAUGCCGCUUUGAUCCUACGCUUACACUUCCAUGACUGCUUCGUGCAGGGUUGUGAUGGAUCAGUGUUGCUAGAUGACACAUUCACUUUACAAGGAGAAAAGAAUGCUCCCACUAAUUUAAAUGCUUUGAAAGGUUUUGAAAUCAUUGAUAGGAUAAAGAACAAGCUUGAAUCUGAGUGUCCUAACACAGUUUCAUGUGCUGAUAUUCUUACAUAUGCUGCAAGAGAUGCAACUGUGUUGGUUGGUGGACCUUAUUGGCAUGUCCCGGCUGGAAGAAAAGACUCGAAAACGGCUAGCUUUUCGCUUGUGGAAUCGAAUAUUCCUGGUGCGAAUGACGGCCUUCUAUCGAUCAUUGCUAAGUUUAUGUAUCAAAGCCUCUCGGUCACCGAUAUGGUGGCACUUUCUGGUGCUCACACAAUCGGGAUGGCGCGUUGUACAAACUAUCGAGAAAGAAUCUACGGAGAUUACCAAGCAACUUCAACUAUGGGUGAUAUCGCGGAAUCACACCUCAAAACUUUAAAGGCAACAUGCCCGGCUGCAGGAGGAGGAGACAAUAACGAAGCCGCAAUGGAUUAUGUUUCACCUAAUCUUUUCGACAACUCGUAUUACCACAUACUUCUUAGAGGAGAAGGUCUUCUUAAUUCUGAUCAAGAACUCUAUUCUAGCAUUCUUGGAGUCCAAACAAGGAAGCUUGUCAAGCAAUAUGCAGAAAAUGCAAUAGCCUUUUUUGAACAGUUUUCUGAGUCUAUGGUGAAACUGGGAAAUAUUACAAAUCCUGAGACUUAUGUUGAUGGUGAAGUUAGGAAGAAUUGCAGGUUUGUGAACACAUAAAGAUGAUGAUUAACUAGUUAACUUGUGUUGUUUCAUAUUCAUAUAUUCAUGUGUUUUUAUAAUUUGAAUUUGUGUCAUUUGUACGAUGUAUGAGACCAUCUGCAAUAGGAGGCUCACGGACUAUUUUAAAAUGGUUUUUGAAUUGUAAUACUAAGAAAAUGUAAUUUUUUUUACAAUUUCUUUA